AUGUAUUUCUCAUCUCGAAAUCUUUUAGUUUCCACCUCUCUCCUCUCCUCCGCCCUUUCGACCACCAUCCGCCAUGCUCCCCGCCCAGAUCUCCCUUCCCGCGUAAUCCAUCAGUUUUCUGAUCCUACCUGGCUCGAAAAUAUUGUGAUAACCUCUGUAGCCAGCACCCUCACAGGUGCCAACACCAUCUACUCUGUUAAUCUCACAUCAUACGUCCCCUCCACCAACAGCGGUGCCUCUGUCUCAAAAGUAGCAAUUAUAUCCGGCGCCGGAUCUCUGAAUGGACUCACCACCCUUUCCGAAUCCCAAAAUUUGAUCAUCGCAACUGAUCUCAUCCUCGGAGUUAUCUGGUCCAUCAACGUUCUCACUUCCGAAUACUCUGUUCUUCUAGACCUCGCAGAGUUGAGACCACCCGUUUCCACUUCUUUGGCAUUUGGUGUUAGUGGUCUUAAAGCUUUGACUCCUACCACUGGCGACACAGAUCAAGUAUAUAUCUAUUACACAAACACAGGUCUCAUGACCUUUGGACGAAUUCCGUUCUCGCUUAGCACUUUGAACGUCACAGGACCAGUAGAGAUCCUUACUAAUGCUUAUGCAGCCGAUGAUUUCGCACUGGAUCCCGAGCAGAGAGCUGCUUAUUUGGCUUAUGGAACUGGAGCCAGUGUGUUGAAGAUUGAUCUUGAGGAUGAUGAUAUGAGUGUGGUUAUUGGUGGAGUUAACGAUACAUUGGCUAGAAGUGCAAAUGAGACUGUUUUGUCUGGUCCAACGAGUGUUCAGUUGGGUAGAGCUGAUGAUGGAUUGGGUUGGGCGUAUGCUAGUUAG